CUGCACACUGAGGCAGAUAUCUACAAUAAGUUUCCGAAACAUCUCAUGGAAGAUUGGUCCGGUUUCAAUCUCGUCGCACCGCAUAAAUGGCCUGUACCGGCAGACGCCAUUGUGCCUAAAUUUUACGGAUAUUACGUCCCUGUCAAAUCACGUCAGACGCUCUCCCAACGUUCUCUGAGCCCUAUCCUGCUUGUUGAAGAAUGCGGAGUACCCAUAGAUCCCCGGAAGCUCAGCAUUGACGAACGGUCGCAAUGCUACACUCAUAUGCUGCGCUUGCAUUACGCGGACUUCAUACAGAACUCAGGCUAUGUGCGUAACAUCAUGGUUCAGCCAGGCCCUCUCCAUAGGCCACCUAGCGAGCGAUCGAUCAAGACUCCGAGCUUCCGAAUUAUUGACUUCGGGCGG